GUCGUGAUUAUUCGCAGUUUGUUUGUUUGUUCUCUGCUGUGCUGAAAUAUAUUUUAUAUUUAGUUUUACCUCAAAUUUUUGUUAAGAAUGGCUGAUAUUCCAGCUUGUCCUCCGACUUUAAAGGCGAUACAACAUUACCUCAAAAUCGCCCAGGAACAUGCCUCGCGAGAUCCAGUCGUUUCCUAUUGGAGUCAGCUGUACGCCUUGCAGACUGCUUUGACAAUUGACCGAAAGUCAGAUGAAAGCAAAGGCUUUCUUGUCAAAAUGAUGGAUGGUUUAGAAGCAAUGAAAAAGGAGCUGAAAGAGAAUGAAGCGAUCACUAACGAAGUCGCUGCUCAAGCCCACAUUGAAAAUUAUGCAUUGAAACUCUUUGUUUGGGCAGAUAGUCAAGAUAGAGCUGCAAACUUUGGAAAGAAUGUAGUCAAGGCAUUUUAUACAUCGGGGAUGUUGUUUGAUGUGUUGACCACCUUUGGAGAAUUGUCGGAAGAAAUUCAACAAAACCGUAAAUAUGCAAAGUGGAAGGCUGCGUACAUACACAACUGUUUGAAAAAUGGGGAAACUCCUGUGCCGGGUCCCAUGAAGUCAGAAGAAGAUGAGGAGGGUUUUGGCAGUGAUGCUGCAGCCGGCCCAGUGAACCCAAACAUGCAGGAUGGGGCAUCUAACAAUUUGCCUUCAAUUCCUCAGCCUACUAGUCCUGGAUCCAGUAAUGCUACAGAUGAUUUUGGUCUACCGCAAGUUCCUCCAAGAUUUCCCAAUGAACCACCAAAUGUUCCAUCACAACCAAUUCUGCCCUCCCCUGAUUUUGGUUUCAAUUUACCAUCAACCCCGGCACCUCAACCUGUAGUGCAGCCAGCACAGCCCUCGAAUCCGUCCAUGCCACCAGGUGACUCAUCCUGGCAACCCAAUUCAUCAGGUGAAAUUGUACUUACUGCAGAGCAAAAAGAAAAGGCAUCAAAAUGGUGUAAAUUUGCAAUUGGGGCAUUGACUUUUGACGACAUACCAACAGCAUUGUCCAACUUGGAAAAUGCUGUUUAUCUGCUGAAAAAUGGAACUUAUCGACAGUAGUGGUGAGCAUGUGCCACCAUGCUAGCUUCACUCUCUUGUAUGUAUGCUUUCAGAGGUGCCAGUAAGCAGACUGUUGCUGUUUUGACCAUUAAAAAAAUAUUGGGUACAGCUACAA